CACACACACAUACACACACACACACACUCAGUAGAGGAGAUACAGGACAGUGAGUCAGUCAUCUCUGUUUUUCUGUAAAGCUCUGAGAUAUAUAUAUGAAGAGGUGUGUUGGAUUGAUACAGUAGGUGAAGAUCUAAAGGGAACUCUUCACUCUGAGGACAUCACUGUAUUUUAUAUCAGAAAUCUCUAACACUGAGGAAUCUUUACAGUUUGGACUCCUGGACAUUUCUCCUGGACCGAUCGAUUCCAUUCUAUUUCUCAUGAUUUUUUCCAGAAUUUUCUUUCAGUGUUAUUUCACAUUCCGCAGGUUGGAGCUUCAGUCAUCUGAGAAGUUGCUGAAGUUUUCAUCACCCAGACGUUCACUCUGCUCUGUUCUGGUUCUGGUGCUGGUUCUGGUGCUGGUUCUGGUAAUGAUGAGUGUUCCCAUACUGAAGAUGGGUCUGGUGCUCAGUACCAUGGCCAUGCUGACUAACUGGAUGUCUCAGACGCUUCCUAAACUGGUGGGACUGGAUCAGACGGCGGCUCGACCCGGAACCUCUGAGAAGUUCAUCAGUCAGGUGGGGUAUCCGGGGCAGGAUGAAGGCUGGCAGGUCUUUGGGUCUGUAUCAGAUGUAGGAGGGAAGUGUGUGUGUACACUCCUCGCCCCCCCACCGAACCACUGCCGGAAAGAACCACGACACACUCGCCUUCGCCAAAUCACUGAGCAUCUCCAGAAUGUGUCUCAGUAUUUGGAGCUGUUGGACUGGCGAACAUCUCGAGAUCUGCAGCAUAUCAGAGACACGGAGAAGAAGAUCAUCGGUGUGGAAAUGAGGGUGAAGACGGCGUUCAGUAACCCUCAUACCGUCACUCAUAAAGUGCUGAAGGACCUGGAACAGACUGUGCUGGAGUGUGUUCCUCUGCGUGCUGUGUUGGCUCGGUUCCGGUCCGAGGCGCUGAAGGUGGAGGUGUUGAAGAGGGAGAUGGACAGCGUGAGCUCGAGUCUGACCCGGGAGCAGACCCUCACCUACAGCAGUGUUCAACAGCUGGAGCAGAGAGAGAUGCAGCUGCAGAGCCGACUGCACGCAUGUGCUAGCUCCCUUGGUUGUGGUAAGUUGAUGAGACUCAGUAACCCGGUCACCAUCAGAUCCAUUGGGUCCCGUUUUGGCUCUUGGAUGAUGGACAGUAUGAUUUCCAGCUCUGAUGAACGGGUUUGGUCCAUGGAAGGCUACUUCAGAGGGAAGCGUGUGUUUGAAUACAGGACGCUGAGGGACUUUGUUACAGGACACAACUUUGUGGUGCAUCAGCUUCCUCACCCAUGGGCAGGUACAGGUCAUGUGGUGUAUAACGGCUCUCUUUACUAUAACAAACACCAGAGUAACGUCAUUGUGCGCUAUCACCUGCUCUCGCGCAGUGUUCUGACCCAGCGCACUCUCUCUCAAGCCGCGUGCAACAACACCUUCCCAUACUCCUGGGGCGGAUCCUCCGACAUCGACCUCAUGGCGGACGAGAGUGGUCUCUGGGCGGUCUACACCACUCUGAUGCACGGGGGGAACAUGGUGCUGGGUCGCCUGAACCCCAUCACACUGGACUUGGUACAGUCCUGGGACACAGGUUUCCCCAAGCGUAGCGCCGGAGAGGCUUUCAUUGUCUGCGGCUCGCUCUAUGUCACCGACUCACACCUGACCGGCGCCAAGAUCCACUUCAUCUACCACACCGACACCCAGAUGUACGAGUACACAUACAUCCCCUUCCACAACCAGUACUCACACAUCUCCAUGAUGGACUACAACCCCAGAGAGAAGGCGCUGUACACCUGGAACAACGGUCAUCAGGUCAUCUACAACAUCACACUCCUGCAGAAGGUCAAGACCUUCACCGAGGUGUAGAGAAGAAGAAGAGAGCUGAGAAGGAGAUAGGAAGGAACAAGAAAGAAAGAAGGAAGUAAAUGGGAAGAAGGACAGAAAAUACAGAAGAGACAGAAGGUGGUUAGGAAUGAAGGAAAGAACGAAGGAAGUGAGGAGUGAAGAUUUUUCAAUACCAAACAAAACAAAUGACUAAAGCAGGAAACCCAUAAGCACUCCACACCGUACCAGAAUGACCGGUUCCUGAUAUCAGUUCCUCCUUCUGCCAGGUUCUCCAUGAGCCGAGCGGGAACCUGUGGAUCCACCUGAACACACAACACACCACUGAUGUUUCCGCAGAUUAAAGAGCAUCACACUUUCAUUUUUCACUCACACCAAACCAGAUGUGUGUGUGUGUGUGUGUGUGUAAUCAUGUAAAAACCUCAGUGUCGUCUCUGGAAUGAAUUUCUGUCUGCAUGAAAGUUGGAAUUCUACA